AUGUACGGAAAUCCCAAAGUACAUAAAGAAAAUGUCCCAAUGCGACCAAUCGUGUCUGAUGUACAGGGUCCCACAUGUAAACUUUCAAAUUAUAUUGCACAAAUCCUAACAGAAGCCUAUGACCAGGAUAAUGCAUAUUAUGUAAAAGAUUCGUUCGACUUUUCCUACAAAAUUAACAAUUUUGAAUUACCCCCAGAUUAUGUGGUGAUAUCACUUGACGUAGUCAACCUAUUUGGCAACAUAUCAAAAGAGUUGGUACUGAAAGCAAUAGAAUUCCAUUGGGACAAGAUUGAGGCAUGCUGCAACAUAUCAAAAGAAUACUUCAAGGAGAUAAUCACCUUCCUCCUGGAAUCAGGUUACUUCAUGUUCGAUGGCAGUUUCUAUUUGCAGAUGUUUGGGUGCAUUAUGGGAUCCAGACUUAGCCCGAUCUUGUCAUUAUAUGUGAUGGACUAUGUACUCAACUCCUGUAUACCUAGAUUAACAUUCACACUUGCAUUUAUAAAAAAAUAUGUGGACGACCUAAUAAUAUCCCUACCAUCAACGGGAACUGAGGAGAUAUUGCAAGUUUUCAACAGUUUCGACCCUAAGUUGAAGUUCACGAUUGAGACAGAAGAUUGUUAUAACUCUGUUCCGUUCUUAGAUACCAGGGUAUGCCGAGUGGAAAAUAAAAUAAAAUUAGAUUGGUAUAGAAAGACGACUUCUGCAGGAAAGUUUAUACAUUUUUUAUCUGACCAUCCAAUAAGCAUAAAAUUAAAUUUCAUUAAAGAACAAAAAAACAGGAUUUAUAAAAUCUGUGAUCCAACAUUCAGAGAUGGAAGCAUAAAAAGACUGUUUGAUCUUUUGGUUGAGAAUGCCUAUCCUAAAACAAUGUUGAAAAAACUUCUGUAUUCUGCUUCAACGUUGCCCUUGGCUGAAAGUCCAACACAACCUGAUAUGGUAGGAGGAACAGAAGUUGUUAAAUAUAGAAGCAUCCCGAAUAUCCCUUACCUUACCUACAAAAUUAAAAACUGUUUUAAAGAUUAUAAUGAAAAAGUGAAAAUAGUGGCACAGUGUAAAAAGAAAGUGGCAAAUUUAUAUUCAAAACUAAAGGACCCUAUACCAAAAGAAAUAAAAUCUAAUGUAGUGUACGAACUGGAAUGUGCUGACUGUCAUGAAACCUACGUAGGUCAAACCUCUCAGUGGCUUAGAAAUCGCAUGAACUUACAUAAAAGUGAUAUAAGAACAAAUAACCUGAGAUGUGCAUUGUCUGUUCAUGCUAAUAAGUACUCACAUAGUGUUGAUUUUAAUAACGUAAAAAUUUUAGAUGCAAAUAUAAAUUAUAAAAAAAGAUGUAUACUAGAAAUGAUCCACAUACAAACUCAAAAAAGCAAAAUUAACAAGAAAACGGACACGCAGGGACUAAGUCCAAUAUAUGCAUAUCUUCUAGAACUUUCUAACAGACCAUUUUUCGAUGGUCCAGUUGAUGAAUGACAUUUAACCUAACAUUGUUUAUUGCGUAUUACAAUAUUGCGUUUCUUAAUUGAUAAUCAUUUAAUGUUACCCUGUUUGAUAUUUGUGUCUACUUUUGUACAUUUCUUAGACUUAGAGAUCAACCUCGCAUUCAUUGCCCUGAGGAAGAAGCAAAAAAGCUUCGAAAGCUAGGCUUUACAUGAAUAAAGAGUAAAUAUA